AUGGCGGAUGAGGAUUACAACACCUCCAUCUAUGAUGAUGAGUACUCUGAUGAUUUCAGCUCCAUUGUAGUCUUGGAGGAGGUAUCACCCCUCUUGGAAACGAGAGUGGCCAGGAUCUUCCUGGUGGUGGUGUACAGCAUUAUCUGCUUCCUUGGGAUCCUGGGCAAUGGCUUGGUUAUCCUGGUCGCCACCUUCAAGAUGAAGAAGUCUGUGAACACUGUCUGGUUCCUCAAUCUGGCCGUGGCCGACUUCCUGUUCAAUGUCUUCUUGCCUCUCCACAUCGCCUAUGCUGCCAUGGACUACCACUGGGUUUUUGGGACAGCCAUGUGCAAGAUCAGCAACUUCCUGCUCAUCCACAACAUGUACACCAGCGUCUUCCUGCUGACUGUCAUCAGCUUUGACCGCUGUGUCUCUGUGCUCCUCCCUGUCUGGUCCCAGAACCACCGCAGCAUCAGGCUGGCCUACGUGGUGUGCACGGUUAUCUGGGUCCUGGCUUUUUUCUUGAGUUCCCCAUCCUUCAUCUUCCGAGACACCAUCAACCAGCAUGGGAAAAUAUCCUGUUUCAACAACUUCAGCCUAUCAGCAUCCAGCUCUUCCCCACGGCUGGCUCAUGCCCCAUUGGACCCUGUGGGGUACACCUGGCAUGUGGUGGUGACCAUCACCCGCUUCCUCUGUGGCUUCCUGGUCCCUGUCUUCAUCAUCACAGCCUGUUACCUCACCAUUGUCUACAAGCUGCGGCGCAACCGCCUGGCCAAGACUAAGAAGCCCUUCAAAAUCAUCAUCACUAUCAUUAUCACCUUCUUUCUCUGCUGGUGCCCCUACCACACACUUGGUCUCUUGGAACUCCACCACACAGCAGUGCCCGGUUCCAUCUUCAGCCUGGGUUUGCCCCUGGCCACUGCCAUUGCCAUCGCCAACAGCUGCAUGAACCCCAUUCUGUAUGUCUUCAUGGGUCAAGACUUCAAGAAGUUCAAGGUGGCCCUCUUCUCUCGCCUGGUCAAUGCUCUGAGUGAGGACACAGGCCAUUCAUCCUACCCUAGCCACAGGAGUUUUACCAAGAUGUCGUCAAUAAAUGAGAGGGGCUCCGUGCAUGAGCGUGAGACCAGCAUGCUUUGA